AUGGAUGGAUUACCGGUGGAGAUGACGGAAGAAGACGUUGGACAACUCCUCCCCUCACUGCACCACGAUAUUCAGAGCUGCGCUAUACUCCUCCCGUUAUGUGCAUGUCACCGGGCGUCCGGUCGACGCGUUGAACAGAUUUCGAAUGAACUCAAUGUAUAUUACCAUGUCGAGGGUUUGGAAGAGGUUCGGGUGAUUCGUGAUCGACAAACGAAGGUAUCACGAAAACUGGGAUUCCUCAGGUUCCGUGAUAUUGAUCAUUCGCGCGCGUUCUUGGAGCCCAACUUCCCAUCUAUCUAUUUCAAUGGGCCAAACCCCAGUGGCGAUGACCGCGGAACGAGAGUUCGCAUCGCAUAUAGCAGAGAGAGAGAAGAUCGGGCUCGCGCCAGAGCGGAGGGUGAUUGGACAUGUAGAAUGUGUGCAAUUGUCAACUACUCUAGUCGUCAGAAGUGCUUCCGUUGCCAAGCUCCUCGGCCUGAAGCUGGCCCGGCCGGUCCACCCGGUAUAGCCGCCCCCAAGGUCGAGAAUUACGGCGAUAACGAUGUCGCCCCGGAUAACCAAGCCUCCCAGUUCCUCAUUUUCAGAGGACUGGAGUCUUCUGUCACAGAAGAGCUUUUAGCCAAGGGAGUUGCCAAGUUGUAUAAGCCAGCAUCUGGCGGCUCGGAUAACCCGUCCAAAACCGAGAAGAAGGGAAAGGUGGCUUCUACGACCGGAGACUCAAAUCUGGGAGCCCGAGAGGGUUCUAUCCGCCGUGUUUUGCUGGUGAGGGACCGUAAGACCAACGAAAGCUGGCGAUACGGCUUUGCGGAAUUCGCUACAGUUCAGGAUGCACAAGCCGCCGUGACCCGUCUCAAUUCUUUUGAGAAAUUUACCAUCUCUUCCAGGCCGGUCCUGGUCAGUUACAUCCAUGCCGGUGUAUUCGUGCCGGUGAUGAAUAUGACGGCAGCCACGGAACGAUUCACUUUUAGCCCUCUGACGAACCCAUCUUUGAAACUCAUGUAUUGGGAUGAAGAAGGCUACGUCACAGAACUUACGGUGUCGCCUGCAGAAUCAGACAACGCCCAGCGACAACCCAAAGGCGACGCAAUGAUUGCUCAAGAGCAAGCAAAAAGCAACAAAGAUACGGAGAAAAGUAAAAAGAGAAAAGCAGACACCAAUGCCAACGCUGGAAUCAAAAAGAUUGUGCCGUCGCAUUUGCAAUUCUGGAGUAAUCGCCAUGCAGAACUGCACGGCAUUAAAAAGAAGAACCCUGAAGAAACAGCACCUGGAGAAUCUGGCUCAGACGGUGGUUCUCCUUCUGGCGCAACUCUUCCAUCCCAAUCGUACGCAGACUUGACCCGCAACUGCUGCUACCUCUGCAUGCGUCAAUUCAAGAAUACCGCAGAAGUCAACCGCCACGAACGCCUCAGCCAACUCCACCGCACAAACCUCCAAUCUGAAGACCUAGUCUCUAAAGCAACAAACAAACUCGUCAAACAUGGCAUCGUCCCACCAACACCUGAAUAUCGCGACCGCGCCAGAGAACGUCGCAAGGCCUUCGGCAGCACCAAACCACCAACCACCGCCACAAAGACAAAACCCACCGCCCCUCCACCAAAAGAGAAAGAAGAAGAACCCCCCGUUCAACAACCAUCCAAGGGCGCCUCACUGCUCAGUAAAAUGGGCUGGUCGGCUGGUUCUGGUCUUGGUGCUCAGGGGACAGGCAUGACGGCGCCGAUUGCGACGGAGGUUUAUGCGCAGGGUGUCGGAUUGGGCGCGCAGGGGAGUAAGAUUGGGGAUGCUGUUGAGGAGGCGGGGAGGAAUACGAGGAAUCGGUAUGACGAGUUUUUGGAGAAGACGAGGCAGACGGCGAGGGAGAGGUAUGAGCGGUUGGAAUAG